AUGAGCAGCUCGUCGUCGGCGGAGGCGUCGCCGGGAUCGGUGCUGCAGAACAAGAUAAGCCCGAGCAUCCUGUUCAUCGUGGCGGUGCUGGCGAUCGUCUUCUUCGUGUGCGGGCUGCUGCACCUGCUGGCGCGGCACCUGCUGCGGCUGCGGCGGCGCCGGCUCGCGGCGCGGGAGGACGCGGAGAGCGUGACGGCGUUCCAGGGCCAGCUGCAGCAGCUCUUCCACCUGCACGACGCCGGCGUCGACCAGGCCUUCAUCGACGCGCUCCCGGUGUUCCUCUACCACAGCGUCCUGGGCGGCGGCAAGGACCCGUUCGACUGCGCCGUGUGCCUGUGCGAGUUCGAGGCCGACGACCAGCUCCGGCUUCUGCCCAAGUGCAGCCACGCGUUCCACCUCGAGUGCAUCGACACGUGGCUGCUGUCGCACUCCACCUGCCCGCUCUGCCGCAGGAGCCUCCUCGCCCCCGGCGAGCUCUCGCCCACGUGCAGCCCCGUCGUCAUGGUGCUCGAGUCCGAGAGCUCCCGCGACAUGGGUGAGUCGGCGACGCACGCCACGGCCGAUGCCGAGCCGAGCGGCAUGGCCGUUCGCGUCCCGGGAGCAGAGGAGGUGGUGGAGGUGAAGCUGGGCAAGUUCAUGUGCGUGGAAGGCAACGCGAACGCCGCCGCCGCGGUUGCCGCUGACGGAGCAGGCACCAGCAGCGAUGCCAAUGCGGAGCUCGGGCAGAGGAGGUGCCAUUCCAUGGGGUCCUACGAGUACGUCGUGGAGGAGCAGGCCGCGCUCCGCGUGGCCAUCAAGCCGCCGCCCAAGAAGAAGCCACCCGCGUUCUCUAGGGCGCGGCGCGGUGGCGGCGCCAUGUCAGAGUGCGGGUUCGGCGCCUCCAAGCGCCUCGGGGAGGGCUCGCUCCGGUUACCAUCAUUCGCCACGACGCCGGCGCAGAAGCAGCAGCAGCAGCGUCCUCCGGACGGAAUGGCCGCGGCGAAGCUCGCCAAGGACAGCUUCUCCGUGUCCAAGACCUGGAUGGUGCCGCCGUCCUCCAAGAAAAGCGACGCCAACGCUUCGGCAUCGUCCGAGCGGCGCACGGUGUCGUUCCGGUGGCCGGUGAGGAGCAGCAAGGAGGACGAAGGAGGAGUUGAGCGGAAGAGCGGGAGCGAGGCGGACUGGGCCGACGACGUGGAGGCCGGGAGCUGCGGCGGCAACAGCGUCGUGUCGUCGCUCGCCGAGGAGCGGCCGUCGUUCGCGCGGCGCACCCUGCUCUGGGUCGUCGGCGGCCGGCAGCAGAGCAACAGAGUCGGAAGCUGCGCGCCUGAUGAUCAGGAUCAGCACCUCGACUCGACCAAACCCCAAUGAGAACGAAAAACAACACACAAAUUCUUUCUUCUUUUCUGUUUUUCUUUUACUAGGUCGUUAGUGGUUGCAAAUUUGCAGCGGCGAGAAAUCUGUAAAACUCAUAGGAGCUCGGAAGCAAGCUGUUUCAGAAUUCUGAUUCGGUCGAUCAACUGCAACUCAUUUGCAAUGAAAUUUUGAACUGUACAAGAAUCUUCCCAGAAAACAGCCAGCGAUCUUUGGUGACCGACAG